AUGACUACUACCCCCUCGUCAUCACGCUUACCCCGACCGACACUUGCUCGCGCGAGUCCCUCUUCAUCAUCUUCAAGAUAUGUAUCACCUUCCAGCUCUUCCAAGUCCAAGACCAAGUCUCGCUCGGGAUCUCAUCCUAAGAUAUUGCCCUUUCCCGAGCUGUCACUGAGAGCACAGGAGGCUCAGCGUACGUCGAGAGAAGGGUCCAGGACAGCUAGUCCGAUGUCGUCACCUCCCAUCGACAGGCUGGAAGUAACGUUCGAUCAGAUGGUAUCGAUGAGUAGAGGUGGAUCGUCGGAAGGUAACGGACACGAAAGGAGGUCAUCAGCUUCAGCUGGUGGGAAUGGGAAUGCACCUGGUCCUCAUUCGUCCUCGGCAGCAUUGUCAGGAUCGACUUCACCUCCCGUCCCUUCUCCUCUUGCCGUCAGUGCUGCUAGAUUAUCAAGAGCCAGAGCAAGUACUGCAGCUAGCAGGGCUAGACAUACUGGCAAUGCCAGUGAUACAAGCUCGAGGCAAUCUCCCUCGAUCACUGUCGGACGAACUGCUGGGAGACCAGCUUUACCAGUGGGCAAUUCACCUAGUAGAAGGAUAGAAGGAUUUAGACCUGCAUCUCCCGCAUUGGCUCGCGUGACUACAAAUGUACAUACGACUUCGACCACGGUCAACAAUUCUUUGCUCAACCCUACAACUGCUACUUCAGUCCAACCAAGACCUGUACCUACCCUCCUGACACCGCCUACACCGAUCCUACCCUCAACUCCAGUCAAACAUCAUCCCUAUCCUCAUAUCAGUCACACGACCCACAACCCCCCCGUGCAGCUUGCAACGACCUCGACAACGGCAAUAGCACCGAUAUCUUCAAGCUCUCAUAUCAAAGAUCAUCUCUACCAGUCGUUCGCGAAAGGAAUAUGUGCGGAUGUCAGGCUAGUGGUCAAGAGGUGGAGUGUAUGUUAUCACGUACACAGAAUGAUCUUGGUUCAAACGAGCUUCUUCCAUUCCCUUUUCCUGGGUGGAUUCUCCGAGACUCAACCUCACAUGGGAAAUAGUGGGAAAGGCAAGGAGAAAGCGAGAGAACGGGUUAUCACUGAAGCGGAAUGGAAUGGAGAAGAUGUGGAAUUGACAUUUGAUGAUCCAAACAUAACCAGAGCAGCUUUCGAGAUAUGUCUAUCUCGAUUAUACUCGUCCCAUCCUCAUCUCCAAUUCCCGACAGAAUUGCUCCCCACUGCCACCUAUCCUCUUACACCCUCUUUCCCACAUAUCGCUCUUCCCGACUAUUUAGUUCUUCGAGCUUCGAUACCUCCGAAAUCGCAUCUUGCUACACCUCGUCUAUUGCUUUCGCUACUGGCUACAACCAUAUAUCUAGGUCACGGCAUGUUCAUGCGCGAAGUCUUGGCCUUGAUCCUUCGGACGGUGGGACCAUUGACGGUAGGAAGAUACCUCUCGUUCGCUUUGGGAGAUGGCAUAAUGGAAGAAGAGUAUUUCGGUCAAUCGGAAGAAGGUGCUAGAUCUCUUAGCGGUAUAGCGAAGAUAAUUGAGGGUAAACAAGAUACCUCGUUCGUUUCUCGUCAGACAUCAGAUGAAGAUCUUGUCGAAGAGGAAUUGCACAGUCUUGAUCAUACCCCUCGAUCAUCUAGUGAUCUAGGUACAAAGUUAAGCGAUAGUAGUGAAGAGUCGAUUCGACAUGGUGGAAUACCCAUACCUUCCCUCCAACUCCCAUCCAGAUCCAAUUCAAUGCGAAGUCAUCAUACGACCGAUGAUCCGUUCUCUUUCACUUCCAACGACGCCAUCUCCCUACCACAUUAUUACGGAGUAGUAGGGAACAAGAUCGGUGAAGCUUGUUGUUGCUGGUUAGCCAGAUGGGGUGUCGACCUGUUAAAUGCUGAGCUCGAAACCCCUUCUUCCGCUUAUCGAAUCUGGGCACAUGGUGGUCUACCUACCAACUUAGUCCGGGCGAUACUUAGCUCUGAUUAUUUCUUCGUAACCAAUGAAAUGGAACGAUAUAGAUUUGCUAGGAAGGUAUUGGACCUGAGACGAUCAGGUUGGGACGAGGAGAAUGAAGAUGCCGGAGAUAUCAGUCUUGUGACUGGUAGUGCUGUAGGGUUCCACCUGGCUGAUGAAUCCUGGGAAGAAUGGGAAGAGGAGGAAGCAGAGAUACUUAAAAGUUUCGCUGAAGGGAUUUACUAUCCUCAUAUGACUUUCGAUGAUCUGUCCACCAUCGCUUCCGAUAUCGACCCGGCUACUCACCUACCCUACGCACCAUUGUCGGUGCUGCAAGCUGCUCAUUGGGCAGCAGCUGAUCUCCGAUCCCGAGUCACUGCACAUGAGAAGACGGGCGCUUCUCCUCCGACGGCGGACGACGAGAACGAACUCGGUCUCACACAGAGUACCACCGCUAUUUGCACUCGAAACAGAAGACGUCGACCAGCUACGAGAAGUCGAGUGCCCAGUCCGGCUAUCCCUUCGUCCUCGACUUGGGGACCUCCGUCGCCUUCUUCAACGAUUGAUACUCUACCCUCACUCCAUUCUUCCCAAAAUACGAUAUGGCACGCUGUUCCUACUGACGGCACGCACAAGAUCGGUGCUAGUGGAUUGUUGUCUCUCUCAAACUCGAUGCAAUACAACGCCCUCGGUGAUAUGCCAGAUUUCGGACCUGAACCUCUUGAUCCCACAUCUCAUCCUACUUCCGACGUGAUGGAAAAGAAUCGUCCGCCACCACAUGGCGAGAGGUCAGCAUUCGGAUUGAUGGGCGAUAAGAUGAGCGGCAAGGAUCUAGAAGAUAAAUGGAUCAAUGAAGGUGGAUCAUUCAUGAUUUCAGGUUUAGGCUUAGGUGACUCGCCAUCGAAAGUCACUCUUGGUGAUGUCAACGAGGAAAGAUGGACCAAGAUUGAACCGUACAGAUUUUCAGUGGAAUUUUUCGAUGUGGACAAGUUGACUGAGAAAGAAAGGUUUUAUUCGUCUACGCAUUUCUACGCUGGCUCAUAUUUCAAUUGUUAUGUCCAAAUGAUCAAGAGGAAAGAAAAGGGAUUGCAAUUAGGUGUCUACUUGCACAGACAAUCACCAAAUGAACCCUUCCCUAUACCUUCUUCACCGAGGAAAUCCAAUAUUGGUUCAUCGCUUGGCGAUAAAUUAGCACCUUCGUCAUCAUCACUUCCAUCCUCGUCCGUAGGACCAGGUACGACUCCUUCUACCGCUACUUCGCCGGUGUUGUCGCAUAAUAGGAAUUUAUCAACUUCACCAAUGGUCGUCCCCGGUUCACCACCCACCAUUACCACAGGUGGUCCCACUUCGUCAUCUGUAGGCCAGAGCACGAAUAUGAACAAUGGAUCGGCAUCAGCACCAUAUAUCGAUUCAAGAUCAACUACCAAAGCGUUUUUCAGUAUAUCUUGCGCUUCAGCCUUGGGUACAGCCCUGAUAAGAUUUACUUCUGGUCCAGACUCUUUCGCCUUAUCUCAAAGUUGGGGGUGGAAAUCGUCAGCUCUGAAAUCUGAAGAAUACCUUUGUAUACCCCCUCAACAACCACAAUCCCUGCCUGAAGACGAGGGUGGGGAUGGAGUGUUGGGCUGGUCAGGUGAAAUCCCACACUCUAGUACGAGGUACGGUCAAUGUAGUCUUAGAGCGACGGUCGUCCUUGGUGUUGUAUAA